AUGGUUAGAAGAUAUUAUCUUCAGAAAGGUCCUUGUCGACCCAAUCAUAAUUUUCCAACUAAAGAUGUCGGGGGAAGGCUUCGCAGCUUUAAAGCUUCUUGGUAUAAAAAAUAUCAUUGGCUGGAGUAUAGCAUUGCAAAAGAUGCUGCAUAUUGCUUGCAUUGUUUCUUGUUUCGAAGUGAUGAUGGUAGAAAAGGUGGAGGUGCUUCUUUCAUUUCUACUGGUUUUAAAGCAUGGAAUAGAGGAGAUGAAGCUCUUGAUAACCAUGUUGGUUUUGUUAAUAGCGAGCACAAUAAGGCUGUGAGAAAGUGUGAAGACUUGUUAACACAGUCACAAAGCAUUAGAGUUGAUUUAUGCAAACAGUCAGACCAAGUAAAGAAAGAUUAUAGAAUUCGUUUGCAAGCUUCAAUUGACUGCAUCAGGCAUUGUGUACGCCAAGGUCAUGCACUUCGUGGACAUGAUGAAUCAGAAAGUUCGAAGAAUAGAGGGAAUUUCAUUGAACUUCUAAAGUUCCAUGCUUUUGGUAGAGUGGAUGUGCAUAGUGUUGUGUUGGAAAAUGCACCUAAAAAUCUUCAAAUGACUUCCCCAGAUAUACAAAAGGACAUUGUUCAUGCUAUUGCAUUUGAAAUAACUAAGGAAAUAAUUUGUGAUAUUGGAGAAGAUCUGUUUUCCAUUUUGGUGGAUGAGGCUCGUGAUACAUCAAUCAAAGAGCAUAUGGCUGUUGUGUUACGUUAUGUAAACCAAGAAGGGUAUGUGAUGGAGAGACUUCUUGGGAUUGCUCAUGUUUCAGAUACUAAAGCCUUGACACUUAAAAUGGAAAUUGAAUCAAUUCUAGUGACAAGUGGAUUGAGCUUGUCAAGAAUAAGGGGCCAAGGUUACGAUGGAGCUAGCAACAUGAGUGGGGAAAUCAAUGGACUCAAGGCUUUAGUUUUGGCAGAAAACUCAUCAGCUUACUAUGUUCAUUGUUUUGCCCAUCAACUGCAGUUAACGCUUGCUGUUGUUGCUAAACAACAUGGAGACGUUAGUGGCUUCUUCACGCUUAUUACCAACUUGAUUAAUUUGGUAGGAGGAUCGUGUAAGAGGAUGGACAACAUUCGAGAAAGUCAAGCUGCUAAAGUUGUUGAGGCAUUAUGUUGUGGUGAACUUGAGACUGGACGGGGUUUAAAUCAAGAAGUUGGUCUUAAAAGGCCUUGUGAUACUCGUUGGGGAUCUCAUUUUGACACACUUCUUAACUUGCCUGCGAUAUACUCUUCUGUUAUUGAUUGUUUGGAUAUCAUCAAAAAGGAGGCAAAAGGUGAAGCAAAGGGUGAAGCAUCUGUCACAUUGAUAUGCAUCCAAAGUUUUGAUUUUGCAUUCAUCUUGCAUAUGAUGAUUAAAGUGUUAGCAAUUACUAAUGAGUUAUCUAAAUCAUUGCAAAGGAAAGAUCAAGACAUAGUGAAUGCCAUGCAGCUUGUUCGUGGAGCAAAGCUUAGAUUACAAGAUUUGAGAGAUAAAGGAUGGGAGUCUCUUCUUGAUAGUGUGAUUUCCUUUUGCAAGAAGGAAUAUCUUCCCAUUUCCAACAUGGAUGAGUUAUACAUUCUUUCUGGAAGGCCAAGGAGAAAUGCUCAACAAAUCACCAAUCUGCAUCAUUACAAGGUUGAGUUAUUCUAUACAGUGGUGGAUAUGCGGUUACAAGAGCUUAACAGUCGUUUUGAUAAGGUGAACACUGAAUUGCUAUGUUGUGUGGCUUGCCUAAAUCCGGAUGAUGCAUUUGCUGACUUUGACAAGGAAAAUUUGUUGAAGCUUGCUACCUUCUAUCCUAAUGAAUUCUCGAUUGAUGAUAUCUUACAUCUUGAUCCUCAGCUAGAUAGUUAUAUCUUUGAUGUGAAGAUGAAUACGAGGUUCACUAAGUUGAAGGGAAUUGCUGAGCUUUGUAGGGAAAUGGUUGUGGCAAAGAAGUUUCGAUCGUUUCCGCUAGUGUAUCGACUUGUGAAAUUGGCGUUGUUGUUACCAGUUGCCACCGCUAGUGUUGAAAGAGUUUUUUCCGCAAUGAACUACGUGAAGAACACACUACGAAGUCGAAUGAGUGAUGAAGGGUUGAAUGAUUUUUUGGUAGGAUAUGUUGAGAGUGACAUCUUAGAUAGGUUGGAUGAUGAGUGUAUUUUACAAACUUUCCAAGAUAUGAAAACACGUCGUGGAUCAUUGUAA